AAUAUCCUUGUCUUCAACGCAGAGUUAAAUGUGCCUAUGCAAUUUGAAAUAAUUUAAAUUGGUGCAAUUUUAAUUUUGUAUAUUUGAGGGGGGAAAUUUCUUAUUAACCGAUAAAACCCAAAUACUAGCUGAACAACAGCCGGAUGAUCCAAAUUGACGGGUCGGAAGUCCAUCGAAACAAGAUGGCGCUCUUCAUAGUAAGAAAUUGUUCGAAGUUGUCGUCGUUACGCGGCUUUAGUCGCUUUACAACCCACGAAAGUGUCCACCUAAAUCGGUGUAUAAAAUCCCAGUUAUGUGUCCUCUACCCUGCCCGGGUCAGAGAAUCGGUGGCGCUGCGUGCGUAUAGCUCCGACAGCCGUGAACCAAAAUCUCAUCAAAAGGUGUUGGUCGUCGGCAUCCCGAACCCGUUUAUUUGGAUCCGGACACGGGUCUACUACUUCCUCAUCAGAGCCUAUUUUGAUUCAGAGUUUAACAUAGAGGAGUUUACGGAAGGGGCUAAACAGGCUUUUUGCCAUGUUUCCAAGCUGCUGUCCCAGUGUCAGUUUGCUGCUCUCGAGGGCCUGGUGGCCAAUGAUUUAAUCGGAAAGCUGGAGGAAAAGUGCGGCCUUCUCCCACCGAGCCACAAGACGGCGCUGUCCGCCCAGCCCGACGAUCUUAUGUACACCACGCCGGGGGACGUGGGAAUCUACUACGAUGACAAGGGGCGAAGGUUUGUGAGUAUUUUGAUGCGCUUCUGGUACCUGACCAGCGCGCGUCUGCCCGAUGACUCUCUGGAGGGAACUCGUAUGUUCCAGAUGGCCAUCGGAGGAGAUGGGGAGGCGGAGAGCAAGAGGCUGCUCACCGCUAACUAUGAAUUUCAAAGGGAGUUUACCAAAGGUGUGGCGCCAGACUGGACAAUUACACGGAUAGAGCACUCCAAGCUUUUAGAUUGAGGGUUAAUGCAAGAAAGAAAACCCUGCGGGAACCCCUCAAAAAAGCCUGAACCUGAACUUGAAUGAAUGUAUCCGCAACAUGUUGGUGCGUACCGACUACAGCGGUUCACGACCUGACUGGAGGAUGUUCUACAAUUAUGAGGAUGUGUGUAUGUAGUUCACAUUUCCACCCUUAAAAUGAAUCUUUUUAUUU